ACCAACACUGUCUACUGCCUGGAUAGCCUAAUUGUAGAUGCAUGAAGCGCGUGCAUGCUUGGAGCGGCACCAACUACAACCAUGUCGUGUUCAGCCCACCAGCGCUCAGACCGCAGCGUGUAUGGCUGAGGCUGAGCUUGCUGUCUCUCCAAUAUACAAAGGUUUGCUUCAUAUAUGCUGUCCUCAGUACUUAGCUACCGAGCAUCUGAAAACACUCGACAAAAUGGUGUCCUACUUUUCUUUGAUCUUUCUGGCUGCCUUUGGCACCUUGUUCGGCGUCGUUUCCUUUUUCGUGUACCUCUUCACGCCGCCUCGCAACUUCCCCACUAACAUUCCAACAAUCCCGUUUUAUUACGCGCUCCUGCCUCUUUUUAAAGAUGUCGAUCAAGCCGAACUCUACCGCCAAUAUAUGAUGGAGCCUCUCGAGAAGUACGGAGCCGUCAAGUUAUUUUUCGGUGGCCGGUGGAACAUCCUGGUCCGUAAGCCUGCGUAUAUCGCAGAAGUCUUCAAGCAUGAGGACAUAUACGCCAAAUCAGGAAACAAUGUCAAGAUUCCUCACACGUUGAUCGCCGAGUAUACGGGCGAGAACAUCAUCAGCGCUCAUGGUGCAAAAUGGAAGCUCUAUCAAUCUGUGAUCAAACCUGCACUACAGGCUGACCAAGACUCUACCCCUAUAUGGAGCAACGCGAGGAUUUUGAGAGACAUAUUUCUGGGAGACGCAAACAAAGCUGCUGGUUCCGGCGUUCCAAUCUACGCUCCGCUCCAUCGCCUUGCCGUAGCCAAUUUUUCGGAAGUCCUGUACACAUCUAGCUUCGAGACACUUCAGCGUCCGGACGCCCCGCUUCACAAGAUGCAGUCACAGAUGAAGCCCCUAAUUUUCAACCCUAUCUUCUUGAACUUCCCAUUCCUCGACCAUUUGCCGCUCAAAGCUAGGCAAAUUGGACGCGUGCUCAACAAGCAAUUCCGCCACACGCUCCUUACCUCCAUCGCUAAGGGACACAACCAUGUUUGCGAUUCCAACGACCCCAAGAGCCUCGCUUGCAGACUGCUGGGAUCACACAACGAUGGCCUCCUUACGGAGAAGGAUCUCAACGACAAUAUUGCUGGCACCUUCAUUGCCGGCCACGAGAACCCGCAAAUCGCGCUCAUGUCCCUAAUGUAUCUCCUCGGCGCUCACCCAGAAGUACAAGAAGCAGUACGAAAAGAGGUCGGCACACUCUUCCCUGCCGACGCGCCCGCCGACUACGAGCCCUCCUAUGCUAAUAUACACGAUCUGCCAUACCUCACCGCGGUAGUCUAUGAAGGGCUACGUAUGUUCCCGCCGAUCUCGCAACUCAUCAACCGCUGCACCACAACGCCCGUCGUACUGGGCAAUCAUAUCCCUAUCCCCGCAGGCGUCUACGUGGGCUACAAUGCAUACUCCACAAACCGCGACGUUGAGUUUUGGGGCAUGGAUUCAGAUGACUUCAAGCCUGCCCGGUGGGGAAAGAACAUGGACGAGAUCAACCAUCUGUACCGCAGAGCCAAUUCCAAGGGUGCUUACAUCAGCUUCCACGGUGGAAAGCGAGCGUGUCUGGGACAAAAGUUUGCAUUGCAACAGCUACGCAUCACGAUUGUGGAGCUAGUACGAGGCUGCAAGUGGACGGUGGACGAGGAAUGGGACGGACACAUGACACCGGCUGGCCCACUGUAUCCCAAGGCGCUCACGAUGAAGUUUCAGGCACUAGGCAAUGUGACGACGUCGGUUUUCUCGGAGAAGAUUUGACGACCAUAAGCGGUAAUGCAUAGUGCAGGGAGGAUGACGACCGCGGCUGCAAGUCAAACGGCGUUCCGAAUCGUACGCCUAAGGGGCAAGAUGGAUUCCAUGAAGUACAUUUGUUAUUACUGGAGGAAUUACCAGAUCCAAUUUGAAAACUGCAAUCUCAAGUCGUCUUUUUCUAGCGUGCUUACUGUAUUUACGCCCCAUCUGUGCGUUCCCUAUCUGGUUGCCGCGCGAAUCCUUGAUUAUUAAGGCCUCCAGCACGACUCAACGCAAUCUCCACCCUCAGUACUGGCAGUGAGGAGUCUCCGUUGCGCAAGGC